CCAGCGGAGGGUGACGGGCGCUUCCUCGCCCGCAGCCGCCGCCGCCGCCGCUUGCCUCCCCCGCCGCCGCCUCGCCGCCGCCCCGUUGCUGCCCUCCCCGGCACCGGGGCGUCCCCGCCGGCCCCCUCCCGCCGGCCUCCGCGGCUGGCCCCGUCGCGUCGCCCGGGCUCCUCUCUCUCGGCGGACGCCCGGGCCCGGCCAUGGCUGACUUUGACGAGAUUUACGAGGAGGAGGAGGAUGAGGAGCGGGCGCUGGAGGAGCAGCUUCUCAAGUACUCCCCCGACCCGGUGGUGGUGCGCGGUUCCGGCCAUGUCACUGUGUUUGGACUAAGCAACAAAUUUGAAGCAGAAUUUCCUUCAUCUUUAACUGGAAAGGUUGCACCUGAAGAAUUUAAAGCCAGCAUCAGUAGAGUUAACAGUUGUCUUAAGAAGAACCUUCCAGUCAAUGUACGAUGGCUACUAUGUGGAUGCCUUUGCUGCUGCUGCACUUUAGGUUGUAGUAUGUGGCCAGUUAUCUGCCUCAGUAAAAGAACACGAAGAUCGAUUGAGAAGUUAUUAGAAUGGGAAAACAAUAGGUUAUACCACAAGCUGUGCUUGCAUUGGAGACUAAGCAAAAGGAAAUGUGAAACGAAUAACAUGAUGGAAUAUGUCAUCCUUAUAGAAUUUUUACCAAAGACGCCGAUUUUUCGACCAGAUUAGCAUUAGAUUUAUUUAUAGAGACUUAUUCAAGUAUGUUGUCUUUCCAAUGGUGCCUUGCUUGGUGCUCUCCUGGUGGUGACAUAGAAUUGGUUCUACAGAAUCUUGUGGUGUUUUCAUUUUUGUUUUGUUUUUUUUGUUUGUUUGAUUUGAGGUUUUGUUCUGUUGGGGUUUUUUGUUGUUUUUUGUUAAAUAAGAGCAUGUUCUAAGUGCAUUUGGUCAAACUCUGCACAGUCAUUUCACACAAAUGUUACUUACUGCUUAAGUUAUUGUUACUUUUACUACUUCUGUUUAUUAAUGUAUCUUAAUUUUCAGAGACUUUUGUAUGUGUGCGUGUGUGUACAUAUAUAUAUUACUAUAAAUACACAGCUGAAAAUGGUAUACAAGUGAGCAGGUAUUUUUUUUAAUCUCACAAUGACACAACUGAUUGACUGUAUGUUGUGUAAGUCCUUUUAAUUGUUCAUUUACAUGCUGGAGUACCUUCUAAGAUCUUCCUAAACUUUUGUCAUUGACUAGUCAGUUGUAAAUAUUUUUAUUUCUUUUUGGGAUAUUGGCUAACCUCUUCCAGCAAAAGAGGGACAUGAAGUUCAUUUUGAAACUGUGCUUCUUGGAAACCAAAUGUCAUUGCAUUAGUAGAAAUCUGUGCGCUUUUCAGGAAGAAAUUCUGUCAGCUGGUUCUGAAAAAGUUCUAAUUUAAAGGUUAAAGAAAAAAGCACCAAAAUAGAAUUAUUUUACUCAGACUAGAAGAAUCAAUGAGAGAAUUGCAUGCAUCCAGUUAGCAGAACUCAAGAUCACAAAUAUAUCUUAGUAUUGCAGGUUAUAAUGUAGCUGUUUUAAUUCAGGCUAAUGCCAUAUAUCAGCUUUAUUCCUACUGUUUACCAGACCCUGUACACACGGGUGCAGAAGGACUUGUUUUACUAAAACUUAAUAGUCCAAGAGGACCUUUCAGGGUUUUGUUUCUUUGUUUGUUUUAAAGCCACACAAGCAGAAAAAAAUGCUGAAAAAAAGUCUUGAAACAGUACAGUUCCAGAUGCAAAUGCAGAUGCUGUGUAUUAAAGAGAAUCAAAGCUGGGUAUGCUGGGCAACAGUGUUAGUUUAAAUGUGUUAGAUAAUUAUUUAUUUCACCCUUGCUUCUGUUCAUUUUGGUUUACAAACCUUAUUUUCUGCACAAGUUCAAUACUUUUAAAUGGAUGUACGAUGUAUGCUUGGGUCAGGACAGUUGUAUUCCAUUUCCUCUACUUGUAUCUUAGUUGUACAUAUAUUUUCACAUUGUUUUGGGUUUUUUUAAUUGCAACUCAGUCAUAUUUUAAAAUUUGCUUUAGGUAUCUAAAAUUACUGUACAUGAACAUUAAUGUAAGUUAAGAAUAUGUUCCUUGUACAGUUGUGGUAGCAAGCAAUAAUGUGAAUAUUUGAAAAAACAGAUAUACUCUGCUUAUUAUUUGUAUGAAUUAAAAGAAUACCACUACAAGAGUCAUCUUCUCUUUUUAAUCUUUUGAAAACAAGUUUUAUUUCAAGGUAAUAUAUUACAGGUACCUUGAUGCUGUAAACUAUUUUUCUAUGUCUUAAAAAUAUUUAUUCUCUGUAAAAUAUUCUCUAGUGACUAUUCCUAAAUUGUUGAUAGUGGGAGUGGUCUAGAAAGAUUUAAGUUCUCUUAAAUCUAAGCCUUCUUUAUCUGUUUCCAAAACUCCUCUUUUGCUCAGCUUUUGUCUGUGGAUUCCUGCUGUUUACUUUGAAAAUAGCUCAGCUGUGCAUUUCAUACAAGGCUACAAGUAUUUUUCUUUGACUUGACAGAAUAUGAUUUUUUAAAUAACUGUCAUCGUUUGACUCGGGUUUGACAACAAUGCUCUUAAUCCCCUCCUGCCCAGGUUGGGAAGGAGAGAGAGAAAAAGAGACUUGGCUGGAUGGAAAACUGAACUACACAGCUUUAAUUAAACACUGAUGAUAAAAGAAGAUAUAUACAAUUAUAUACAAAUAUGUUCAGAUAUGUGCAAAAGCCUCUCACCUCCCCCAAUCCCUGGCAACUCCCACAGCAUCUCCUGAGCUGGAAACAGUCCUGAGAAAUCCCGGAGCUGCUGGAGAAAGCGGAGAGUGAUGAGGGUCAGGAGAGCUCGAGCUCAGGGGUUGACGGUGAUGGAUGGACGGAGUCCUCCAUGGACGCCGGCCAUGGACAGAAGGGAAGGGAAGAAGAAGCAGGAAGGAAGUUGUCUUCUGUGAUCUCUGACCUUCCUCUGAGCUUACAUAGAUACAUGGAAUGGAAUAUCUCUGGCCAGUUUGCUGUCUGUCUAAUUCAGCCUCCUGUGGGGGGGGCAUAGAUCUCCCCAUAGUGUCUGAGCUGGCAGAUCAAAGAUACGACCUUGAAGACCCAGUAGUUAGAAAAACAUUUCACCGUUAUCAGUCUUAGUUGGAACACUUUGCUACUAGUUAAAAGAAAGCUUACUGAAGGGAAAGAAAAAAACAACAGAAAAAAAAAAAAACAACAGUAAAAGGAAAAUUGGCUUAAUCCUGGCUCAAAAUAGGACAUUUACAAAUACCAGUUUUGUGCAGCCUCAGUCUUAUGGGUCCCACAGUGGUUUCUCUCUAAAGUAACUGGUUAUAAUUUUUUGAAAAUAAAUUUCAGUCUUCUUUAGCACAAGUCUGGAUUUGCAAUGCUCCUCCUCUCACCCAGAAGUAUUAGUUAUAACCUUGGACCAGCGUCAGCUUGCAAGAGAGGUCAGAGGCCUAAUGUUGAUGGCAGCUGAAGUUGUGCAGGCUAGAGGUACAGGGGAGAGGUUGGAAUUGAACAGAAAUUAUAACUGGUGAUAAAUACUAAUGAUCAGAAAUACAUACUGAUUUCUUCCAGUGUCAGUUUUCAACAAAAUGAAUAUUGAAUCAUGCAAGGCCUACAUUUUAUUGUCAAAACUCUCAGUUGACUGUAUAGAUAGGUUUGUGUCAUGGAUGCGGUUUUCCACUGGUAGUUCAUUAGUGUGGAGGGUCAGAUUGGGUAUGGCUUGUGAUAUGUUCAUAAUAGCACCACAGUCAGCAUGAGCUGUUCUCCUUAGUUUACUACCAACAUUUUCCAUGCUAUGUUCUGUGGCACCACAGCUACCACAGCAGCACCCAGACCUACCUACAGUAAAGCUAAUUUGUGUGUGAUGUGUUGAAACCAGAGCAGUGAAUAGUGUGUGGCUUACAGGUUUACAAAGAGUAUCUUAUUAGUAAAGCUUCCACAUAAGCCAUAGUGCUGGUAAAGAUCUUGACUACUUUUAGGUGCACUUGCAGUCAUCUGCUUGGUUAGCAUGCAUUUCUGUAUUUCAACUUAGAAGAAGUUUAACUUCUAGUGUAGGGAUCCAAAGGAGAGCUCUGAGCAAAUAAAAAGUUAAAUCCCUUAAUAAGGUGACCAGACUAAUUGCCUUUUAAAGCAUUUCUGAUCUUUUAUUUAAACAAUGUCUUCAACUGAAAACCAUAGAAUAUGCUGAGUUGGAAGGAACCCGUUAGGAUCUUUGAGUCCAACUCCUGUCCCUGUGUUUAUAUACAGAUGAGUUUUGCUCAAAAAUGUUACUCUCCUGGUGAGGUAGUACAGGCACCUUGUAAGGUGAGUUUCAUAUAAUUCCUUUCAAUUAAUUAAUUACAACGAUGGAAAUUUAACAUGGCAGGAACUUUAAUCAACUAUUUAAUGCCUGUAGAAGUCAUCAGGAUUUUCUUUUGGUCUUGUUUCUAAAAUGUUUAAUCUGUUUAUUCUAUGUGCUCGUGAGAGAUACAUGUUAGCUUUUUUUUUUUUUUGUCCAGCUGGCAAAGGAUGAAUUUGCAAUUUUGAGCAUACCAGAAACUAUAGUAGGACUUCAGGAGAUAGCUUACUUCUGGCUAAAAUAAAUACUGCGUUGUACUAAUUUGUUCAGCUUCUUGCAACUCAGCGAUUCCUACUGCAGUUUGGCCACAACAACCUCCAGCAGCACUACAGGCUUGUGGAGGAGUGGCUGGAGAGAGCCCAACAGAGAGUGACUUGUGGGUGCUGAUUGACAGCUGGCUGAACAUGAGCCAGCAGUGUGCCCAGGUGGCCAAUAAGGCCAACAGCAUCCUGGCCUGAAUCAGAAAUAGUGUGACCAGCAGGACCAAGGAGGUGAUACUGCCCCUAUACUCUGCCUUGGUGAGGCUGCUCUUCAAGCACUGUGUGCAGUUUUGGGCACUGCAGUAUAGGAAGGACAUCGAGUUGCUGGAGAGAGUGCAGAGAAGGACUAAUUAGUGAUCUGGAGAGCAGGUCUUUUGAGGCGAGGCUGAGGGAGCUGAGGCAGCCUGGAGAAGAGGAGACUGAGGGGAGACCUCGUUGCUCUCUACAACUACCUGAAAGAAGGUUGUAGUGAGGUGAGUGUUGGCCUCUUAUCCCUGGUGACCAGCAAUAGGACAAGAGGAAAUGGGGUCAAGUUGUGCCAGGGAAGGUUCAGAUUGGAUAUUAGGAAAAAUUUCUUCACAGAAAGAUUGGUGAGGCAUUGGGACAGGCUGCCCAGGGUGGUGGUGGAGGCAUUAAAAAAACAGGUGCACAUGGUGUUUUGGGAAAUGGUUUACUUGUUAGGGGCUGUAGGGCUGACAGUUAGGCUUGUUGAUCAUUAGGGUUUUUUCCAACCUUAAUGAUUUUGUGAUUCUAGAUAAUCUCUGUUUCCAAUGUGACAAUACUAAUUUACGUCUGUUUCACCUCGAGCCUGAAAAACUAAUGGUAAAGGCACCAGUGACUCCCUGUGAAGACUAAUUAGUAUUUUUAGGUGUAGUAACCUUUGACUGGCCAAUAAAAAUUUCUGUAUUACUGUCAUAUAAUUUAAAUAUAUUAUUUUUAAUCUUUCAGUGAUAGAAAUAAGUACUGAAGGAGAAGGGCUUUCUGUUGCACCCUACAUGUUGAAUUCUGUGGAGCUCAUCUGUUCUUAAACAUCUAUGAUUCAAAGUUUAUACUGGGAUUGGCAAACUUCACCAUAAGUUAAAGUCAAUAGUUUUUUCAUAAUAGCUCAGUAAUAGUAAUUUUAAUAAACUAUAUAUGCAAAUCCAGAAAUUUCUGUGGCAAAUCUGAAAUUUCCCAUGAUAUUCAAAACCAAGUAGAGUAGAUUGUAAAAACUUUUUACAGUACUAAGAUGUAAAUUAUAAUCUCUAAAUCAAUUCGUUAAAUUAUACUUUUUUGUAAAUCUCAAGAUCUUGCUGUUUAAAUGUAAUACUCUGACACACAUGCUUACUUGAAAGUCAAUUUUCAUUAUUUUUUUUUUUUCCUAAAAGUCAUUAUGUAACCAUGGAGGUUGUAGGGGGGGAGAGUUUUAAAGUGCAAUCUGUAACUGCUUAGAAGCCAGAAGGCGUAGAAAAAGAACUUUUCUUUAUUCCCUUCCCCCCACCCUAAUGUCUUAAUUUUAAAUCAGUUCCCUUGUUUUGGGAGCCAUUGCUUAUGGUUUUUGAGCAGCUGGCAAUAAUGCAAAUUGUUCACCAAAAAUCCCCAUUUGAAUUCUGAACAAUUUAAAGAGAUCACGUUAAUUGGGAAGCAAAAGACUUGUUAAGCAAAGAAAAUCCCUGGUUCUUUUAAGUUCUUCCAGCACUGCUGUUGAGUAAUUAAAAGAAGGAUCCUGAUGACCCUACAUUAGGUCAAAAUCCAAAUGAUUUUAUGUUAAGGAAGUGCUCAAUUAGAGAGGUCUCAGAGCCCCAAAUGACUUGGAUUCAUAGUAGCAACUUAUUAAGGGUAAGUGGCACUGGCUAGUUUUCUAUCCAUGACUGAAAUAUUUCAUGUUGCUCUUCAGCAACUUUACUUAUGAAAAGAAGGCAUUUUAGAAAUAAGACCUGUAUUCAUCACUGCUAAUUUGCUAUAAUUUCUGUGCUUCUCCCUAAAGCCACAUUGCAUUUCCAUCACAGACAUCUAAGUGUAUGAUUGUUAUAAUGUCUUUAACAGCCAUAGUGUAGGUAGAAAUAUUAACUUCUCAGGGACUAAUAGGAAAUAGGAAAAUGGAGUUAAUGACCUGAAUACCUAUCUGCAUGAAGGCUUACUUUGCAAAUGGCACCCUAGAAAACUGAUUGUAAUAUGCAUGACCAUUAUGAAUGUUACAAAUAAACAGCUAUGAGAGCUUUCUUUACUCUGUAUUAUUAGGCUACUGAAUGUCAAAGUUGGUUGGAUAAGGAUAAAUGAGUUUUUUUGCUGAUUUGGAUAGCAUGAUUAUUUAUAAUGGUGCUAUCUUCUUAAUUCCUGUGUUUAUUCUUUGUAUAGUUCUCUCUGUAGGCUGGGUGAGUUGGGGGAUACUGGUGUAAUGAGAAAACAUUCUUCUUAAGUGGAAAAGUUUCCAGGGCAGAAGUACUCUAGGAGCAAAAACUUUCACUGCUGAAAAUGUAUUUGUUCUUCAUUAGUUACAGGUACCUAUUUGGGUUGUUGUGUUGGUAACAGUAUUUUGUAGUUCAUUAAUUUUUGAACUUCAUCUUUUUACACACUGCUGUUUCAUUCAGCAGGAGCUGAAUUAGAGACUAUUUUUUAAAAUUUAAAAAAAUGAGUCAGUGCAGGAAACUUUGUAUGUUGACACUUGUCCUGGUGUGUGUAUCUCAACCACAUGACACCUGGAUAAUGCAUAAUUUAUAAACUAAACAUUCUUAUUUUAUUGGAAGAUGUCAUUUAAAAUAUUAUUCUACUUCAUUUAACACAUUAGUAUUUCAUUAAGAUUUAUUUCUUUAAAAAAAAUAUUAAUGCAUACUUGACUCCUUGGAAUACAGCAGACCACUAGGGAAUAAUUAGUGAAGCAAAGGAUGAAACAUAGGAAUUAGGAGAAGCAACACCCAAAAGGUUGAAUUUGAGGAUUAUGUUUGGAAUUACCUGAAUGUGAUGGAAAAUAGUUUUGAGCUGUAUGAAAUGGUGUUGAAUAAUGAAAAUAAAAGCUAGCAAUCCAUUUCAAUAAUUAUGUAGACUGUCUUAAUUAUGUUUUUAUUUUAACAAGUGUUUUAUUGCAUUUCUUGUUAUGCUAUAAUUAAUAGACAAUUAUGCUAUUAUGCAGAUUUUGAGGUAAGCUUCCUUCUAAACUCAGCAUCUCUUAGUUUAAAAUAUCAAGGCCAAAAAGGAAUGGCUGAUGAGAGCUAUACAGUCAUUACAAAACAGUCUUUUCCUGAGCUGGAGGCUGUAAUGUAUGGCUAAUUGUUUCCAAAGAAAAUUCUUGACUUGUCCAGGCAGCUCCUGUCAUGUGAUAGUAUAUCUAAGGACCGGGAGUAAGAUCCAGUUAAGAUAACCUAAGUUCUGGUAAGAUAGACUUUUUUAGUUGUAGCUUUUAUAGAGAAGGGAACUAUUGACAAAUGCUCACUUUUGGAGGGCAGAUAGCAGAUUGUGUAAUGUUUAUGGAAACAUACUUGUUUGUUUGUUUGUUUUGGUAGUUUUUCUGUUACAGUGGCUUGGGUUUGUAUUUUCUUUUUUAAAAUUACAUUUAGAAAAUUUUCAAAGUAGUCACUAUUUUUAGUGAUUCAGUGUUUAAACUGAUUUCAUUGUACCAAUAUAAAUGUCUCAGUCAUCCACUCUAAAUGUUUAUCUCUGAUCCUUCUGUACUUGCAACAGGCUUUCUAAUUUGUUAGGAUAUGCGGUGUUAUACAUACUUGUUUGUCUUCUCAACGAACAGUUUGGUUCAGUGACAUUACGAGGAAUGCAGAGUAGUUCCUGAUGUGAAAAGUGUAACUUGAGUUCUUGUUUUCAGAAAAGACUGAGAAUGGCACUCAGAAUAUGAAACUAAUUGGAAACGUAAAUUUUAAAGAGAAUAGUAAACUACAAAACAGUGCCUAAAUGUUUGUGCUAAAGUAGCCCUGUGUAAUUCAUAUUGCUUUAAAAGAAUUUGCAGGGAAUUGCAUCAACUAUAUGUACUUGGGAAAAACCCGCUAAAUGUACAAAGAAGUGGUAGUAAUUAAGCCACUGAAGGGAUGUUGUCUUUCAAGAAGGCAAACUUAAAAAACAAUUUUUUGGACUAUGUUAGGCAGAAAAUCUGUAAGUAAUAAUUUAACCUAGAACUGGAUAUUAAGGAAGCUGCUCUUUAUAUAAUAGAGACUUGAUAGUAAUUCUGCCUGUUGGGUGUCUCCUCAUGAAGAGUUUAGAAAGAUAGGGUUGCUGUGAUUUCCACUAUUGUAACAUUCCUCUUCAAAUAUUUUAAGUCCAAGUGAAAGGCUGAAAGCCUAGAGGCCAGUACUGUGUUCACGAGGUGUGCAGCUUUGGGAGGAGAAGAUAGGAAGAAAAGGUGAUUUUUUUUAAUUUUUAUAUUUUUAAGGGUGAACAAUUGUAAAUAUGCAUAUUUAAGAGUAUUUAACGGUGUCUGCUAAAUUACUGAAGUUAAUCUAUUGUUGAAUUAUAGAAUAGUAUUUACUACAUCAGGAUUGUUUUUUCCUGACCUGACCCAGAAUUGGAAUGGACUCCAAUAUAAUUUUUUUUAAGCAUUUCUUAAGUUGUAUGUAUUAUAAACUAAUAAAAUAAUUGUUAACCUA